UCAAAUAACACAUUUCUGUGUAGAAAUUUACUCCCGGAAAAUUACAAAGCUUUUAUAGUUAAUUGCCUAUUAGUUAGAAUGUCAAUUGCUAGAGCACAUAUGUGAUAUCCACAGAUAUAGUUGUGAAUUCCGAAAACGGCUGGGCUGAUUCCUGUUGAUAGCAUACAAUGCCGACUGUAAGUCAUGGUUUAUUUAGAUGGCUACUCUGGCGUGGUGCCACCCUGGAAAACUUUGCCGACAGACUGAACCACUUCUGGACCUUCGGACUCCUGCUUCUACUAGCCUGCAUAAUUAGCUGGAACCAUAACUAUAACAAACCUAUAAGCUGUUGGGCACCAGUCGAGUUCACCAAAGGUAUGCAGCAAUAUGCUGAUGAAAUUUGCUGGCACAAACAAUUCGUAUAUCUUCCUCUAGAUGCUGAACUACCAUCUUACGCUCAAACCAGAUUGCCCAUGAAAAGAUCAUUGCAUAUGUGGCUACCGAUUAUCCUUUGCUUCCAGGCUUUUCUAUUCAAACUGCCAAAUCUUCUAAUGUAUAUUCUACAUCAGUAUUCUGGAAUAAGUUUUGACAAGCUCGCACGUUUGACCAGCGGAUUUGAGAAUAUGAACAUGCAGGAACGUAUUAUUUUGAGUAAGCAGACAUCACGUUAUAUCUACAACUGGUGUAAACAGUUUGCAAAUUGCUUACCAUGGCGACUUCUUACGAUCCUCUGGUUGAUCGUCAAAGUUCUAUACUGCAUCAACAUCAUUGUACAAAUAUGUCUCGUCAACACUUUCCUGGCUUCAAGGGAUCCACUGACUGGAUAUUCAAUAUCAUAUGGUAAAGCUAUUACAAGAAAUAUUUUUUCUAGCGACUCAAGCUUAUGGGCGGAUUCACCAGCCUUUCCUCGUCUGAUUUUGUGCGAUUUUCAAAUAAGAAAACUAAGAGUUGUUCAAAGAUAUACUGUUCAAUGUAACCUAAAUGGAAACAACUUCAACGAGCUUGUUUUUAUGUUCCUGUGGGUAUGGUUUGUGUUUGUUGCCGUAGCAACCUGUCUUAGUCUCGUGGUGUGGACACUAAGAACAAUUAUCCCAAUCUUUCGGAAGCGGUAUAUAAAGAAAGUGAUGGAACUUGCAGAUGACCCUAACUUCACAGUCAUUAGGCCACAUGACCUAGAUCAAUUCUGUAACUUCAUUGGUGAGGAUGGCACUAUGGCGUUGAAGUUAAUUGGAGCUAACUCAUCGGAACUAUUUGUCGGCGAUGUCGUCUACAAUAUGUGGAUGCUUAGAAGCCGAGGAGGCAAUCCGCAGCAGGCGUUACAACCUAGUGCCCCAAUUUGACAUGUAACAUUACGAAAACAUGUAAAAUAUUAAAUAAAGAUUUCUGAUAGAAUUCUGUAGGUUACAAUCUGCAAACUCUGUAAAUUACUCUACACAAAAAUAGCCCUAAUAUUGCUGAUAUAACAAUUACUGAUGUAAGUGACAUUGCCGUAAUUAUCAAUAGACUGGUAGCCGAAUAUCCCAUAGAUCUACAAGUGUUUAUUGAAUUUAGAUGCCAUUCGUUAGUCGGCAAAAUAAAUUCACGGUACCCAUAGCUACGACACACCAGGACAUUUCUUUAGGAUUAUAUCGGGCAUUUUGCAUUAAAUCGGGUAGGAAAACUGUUGCAGGACCAAAUAUGAACUAUGAAUGCAGUUACACUCGAGAUAAAGAACAGCAUGAAUUUAUAGUUUCACAGAACUUCCACUAAGAUCUUCUUCACUUCAGUAGUUUCAGCCCUUUGUCCCUGUUUGUCUAUGAGAUUGAACAAAAAUAUUGAUACAACAAUAAAUGAUAUGUAAACAUUUUUAAAUGAAAGACAUCUAUUUAGCCAUCAAACUAUCGAAGGAAUUCAGUAAAAACAAGGACAUACGUCUAACAGGAAAAGCCACAUUCAAAGAACACUGUCCUCCAUACAGACUGUCGAAGCAGAAAACAGUUCGACGUUUAAGUGAUAUACAUGUUAGCAAAGAAAUGAUAAUGCGUUAACAUGGGUGUUUUGAUUGAUUUGUACAAAUGACUUUGCAACCCCAAAAUAAGGUGAUAUCUGCUGCACGUUUGCUUAAAUAAAUAAAUAAAUGAAUUAUUUGAG